AAAUGGGGCGAAGCAGCGGUAGGGAAAGGAAAAGAACCGUCUUUUUUUGGCGCUCGCGUGGUGUCCCUUUUUUUUCUCUUUACUGCUACUGUUAAAGGUGACGGGGUUCGAUGACUAUAUUAUGAAAUGCAAAUACUCUUUUUCUUCUCAUCUUUUACCUUUGUCUGUUCUCUUCUACUUUUUUCCAGCCCUGCUUGUUCAAGGACUAAAUACCCAAAUUACUUUCUCACUUCCCUUGUGUGCUUGACACAAUAUUUCUUCUGGGGGUUACCUGUGUUAUUAUAUCACUGCUACCGUUGGUAUACCAACUUUUUUUUCUUCUGUUUCUUGUUCGGCUCUGGCCGGUUUUCUUUUUUUUUCUUUCUCCACGUUGAACGAGCGAGGCGCGAGGGCCUGGCUCUUGUUUAUCUUCUACUUACCUCUUCUUCUAAUCCUAUUAUUCCUUUGUUACCUCGAAACACAAAACCUGGGGAAAGGGGGAACCAACCAAGUUCGGUUAAUGAAUACAAGAGGCGGGCGAGAUACCACUGACAUUUUGGAAACAACAUUCUUUUCCCUUUUCUUUGUUUAUUACUUAUCUUCGCUUCUUACCCCCCAUUUCACUCUUGGGAUGGCCCAGGCUGGGUUGUCGCCAACCUCCCCUGUUUUAUUUCUUCCUUUAUUUCUCCUUUUAUUUUUUUCUUUUUUACUAUGUUCCUG